AUGUGGUCGGUUGCCUCCCUGUGUCGCUGCCUGUUCCAUGCUGUGGGAUGCCUCUUAAAGGGCGCGCCCGGUGCGGCUCCGACGAACCCCCAGACGCUUGGGAAUCCUGGCGGUGCACAGAGCGGCUUCGGUACCCACCCACCUGUGCAGAAAGCAGCUGUCACACCUCCGCCGCCACUGUCACACGACGUGACGUACCAAGUGUUUCGUGAGUGGAGGAGACGUUGGGAGGACUACGCGACGAUGAUCGACCUGCCCAGCCUGACGCUGCCUAAACAGAGGAUCCAGCUACGUAUGUGCCUCACUCUGGAGACGCAGAGGGUGUUAGAGCACACAUUACAGGUGUCGCCUACCUCUCUCAAGCCAGUUGAUGAAGUGCUUGACAUUCUCCAGGCUCAUAUACGUGACUCCAACAACGAGGCAUUGCGUCGGCGAGCCUUCACUAGCUGUCGGCAGGCGAGAGGCGAGCCCUUCUCCGAGUUUCUCGUCCGACUGAAGAGCCUGGCGGAGGAAUUCGACAUCUGUAAGGCUCACCACCUGGACUGUGAAGAGGCCUGGAUGAAGCACGGUAUCCUGACAGGCGUCCACGACGAGGAAUUGGUGACCAAGAUUGUGUCCCUCGACGCCGCCUCUACUCUUGCUGACGUCAUCAAUGUAUGCAGGGCCCACGAGGCGACGCGGUCAGCCGCCUCUGCCAUACGUGCCUCACCUACAGUGUCUGCUGUCUCAACGUAUAAACAGACGAAGAAAGCAGCACACAAACCUGGAGUCCCCCCUCGCCAACCUUCACCCACUCAUCGGGCGCCUACCUCCUGCAGCAGCUGCGGCAGGCGAGACCACGGCCCGAAGGGCUGCCCAGCAACAGGUGUUACGUGCAGAGGUUGUGGGAAGACUGGCCACUACGCUUUGAUGCCCAAGUGCCCAGCCAGGCAGUCUACGUGCACUGCUUGUAACCGUCUGGGGCACCUGGAGAAAGUCUGCAAGCAAACCAAGGCAAGGAGUAAGUCGCAGCGACCCGAGAAGCCGAAAGGGAAAGAGGGAAGACACCCCACCUUCCACGUGGUGCGGUUACAGUCUCUCACAACGGACCCAGGGUCUCAUGAGGGCCCACCUGAGGCCUCAUGUCAGUCUCCUAUCAGUACUCGUGAUGACCCGACACCUCCUCCUACUGUACGAGUGGAAGUGUUGCAUGACGGUCACUCUGGUGGUCUGGACUUCAUUCCCGACACUGGUGCCGACACGACGGUCAUCGGCCCACAGCACUUGAGAAUGUUGGGCAUCGACAGACAGGCUCUUGGUCCUCCUCCAUCCCUUGCCUACUACAACGCUGAUGGGACGAAGAUGUCUGCUGCCCUCGGUUCGCUCCAGGCCACACUAGUCUACGGCGAGCUGUCUUGUACGGGCUGGAUAGAUGUGCAGGGUUCGUGGAACACCCCACUUCUGUCCCGUGAACACUGUCGUGCUUUGGGGAUCGUGCCUCACGACUUCCCUGCUCAGAUUUUCUCAGCACGAGGCAGUGUCGCCAGUGUAAGGGAGGCGACAAACGCUCCAGCUCCACGUUCCAGCGUGCCUGCGUUACCUCUUCUCAGCACCACUUCCCCAGACGCAGCGAAGGAGUACUUCUUGAGGGAGUACCAGGAUGUCCUCUUGACAAAGGAUUCCACACAGGAUGCUCCACUCAAGCCGAUGUCUGGACCGCCGAUGAGGAUCCACUUACGAGACGACGCCCAGCCGUUUGCUGUCCACACGCCGAGGCUUAUUCCUUUGGCCUACAGGGACGCAGUGAAAGCUGAGCUCGACUCUAUGUACCUCCGAGGUCCCAUGGGUUUCGCAGCCACAGGCGACGCCUUCUGCCUCCGAGGAGACAUCGCGCUACAAGGAGUGCCACAGUGUGUCAAAGUCGUGGAUGACAUUCUCGUGUACGACGAGGAUUACUUCACACAUCUACGCCACGUUAACGACAUCUUGGCCAGAUGCCGAACCCAUGGCAUCACUUUAAAUGCCAAGAAGUUUGUGCUGGCGGCUCCAUCAGUGUCCUUCUGCGGCUACAGGCUCUCCCAUGACGGCAUCGCAGCAGACCCUGACAAGGUUCGGGCCAUCACUGAGUUUGCUACGCCUGCUACGUUGACCGACCUUAGGUCCUUCAUGGGCCUUGUCAACCAGCUCGCCAGCUUCUCGCCCGACCUCGCUGCCACUGCUGCGCCUCUACGCCCACUUUUGAGCCCCAAGAAGUCGUUUGUGUGGACGCCCGACCAUGAGCAAGCCUUCCAACGUGUGAAGAUGGCCUUGGCCAGCCCACCAGUCCUUGCUGCCUUUGACCCUGCUCUCCCUACGACUCUGCAGACCGAUGCUUCCCGCCUGUAUGGGCUGGGUUAUGCCUACUGCAGGACCACGGUGGUGGACAGCAGCGUCUCGUCCAGUGCGGCUCACGUUUCUUGA